UUAUCUGAAUAUACUGUAGUUCCUAUAAAGGACAUGCUUUAACAUUUAUUAAGUCUAGAUUACAAGAACAAACUAAUCCUAUCACUAUUGAACAUAUUUCUGCUAUUUUAACCACUAGAUUUAAACUGAAGAAAAUUUGACUCUUCAGCUUUUUGAUAUUCAUUCCCCAGACUAUAGCGUUUUACAUUCAGAAAUUUGUAACAAACUUCAUGAUGAUUGCUAGAUAUGAACAGAUGGCUUUAACCUCCUUUUUAUGCGGAAUCAAUUCCAAAUAUCAUUGCGUUGCAUUACAACCACCCCCUAAAAAUAUAGAUGAAGCUGAGAGACGGUGCCAAGAACACGACAACCUUGUGCAAACCAAACAAUAUAAAGAGUUUCUCGUCACUAAGUCUAAGCCUCAGACAAAUAAACCUGUUAGACCGCCAAUGCAGUCAUAUAGACCUAACUUUCCCAAUUUUGCUAAUUUCUCUCAUAAUCCCUCUACUUCUCGUCCCGCUAUUACUUAUGGACAACAAUUUAGCAACCCACAAUCAUUUCACAAUUCUCGUCCAACUUUUAGACAACCAUUCUAUACUUCCCCACAAAGUCGUCAAUUUUCGAACGCAUUCAACCCCUCUCAACACAAUUUUGCAAAUCGUCCACAAUUUCCUAUGAAUAGAGGCUCCCUGUCACCAAUACUUCAAGACAAAAUAAUCAAAAUCAUCCUACGCCUAUGUCAACUUCGACGAUCCAGUCACGUAGACCUUUUGUAAGACCCAAUUUCUUUUCGAAUAAUGGUCAACGCCCUAGCAUAGCUGUUCAAGAACUUACUAAUAACGAAUCCGAACCCACUAAUGAAAGCUCUACAGAAAAUGUAGCAAACCCCUUCGAAUCUUAUUAUUCUGAAGCUUGUUGUCCAGAAAAUCUCGUAGAAGAUCAAUUUCAAUAUUAUGAAAACGAUUAUUCUCAAAAAAAUUUUCAAUCAACUCCUCAUCAACAAUCCCCAGAAUAGACAUUGAUUUAAACUCUUAUGAAAAUAUUCAUCUCCCAUUUCUCUACAAUGAAGCUUUGGAUUUACUUAUUCUUAUAGAUACAGG